AUGAAGCCGGAUUCACAAGGUCGAUUCGGUUUUAAUGUGAAGGGCGGUGCUGAUCAAAAUUAUCCAAUUAUUGUGAGUCGAGUUGCGAAUGGUAGCGCUGCAGACAGAUGUAAUCCACGGCUGAACGAAGGCGAUCAGGUACUUAUGAUUAACGGUGUUGAUGUGACGUCAAUGGCUCACGAUCAGGUCGUUCGUUUCAUUCGUUCGGUGCGGGAAACAAUCAAAGCUGAACUCGUCCUUACCAUUCGACCUAACGUUUAUCGAUGUGGUGAUGAAAUUGAAGAACCCGAUGUGAUUUGUGUUCCUGAAACACCCCACGUAUCAUCUUCAGUUCCGCGAUCCGAUCUUCUCUCACAAUCCUUGUUACUUCUUAAAGAGUCACUUGUAUCGGGAAAAGUUAUCUCACAAUUUGAUGUUCGACUGCAGUUGAACGCAUCGUAUUCGUUGUACAUCACUUACAACCGCAAUUUUGAUGACGCAUUCUCAUAA